UUCUCUCCUCACAGCCCAACGCCAGCCCAACGCCCCUCGGUCUCUCUCUCUCGUCUUCCUCAAAUCAUGGGUAUCCUCUGAUUCAACCUAACCCUCACGCGACUCUCCCUCCCUACUUAUUCCCCUGGAGGUUCUGUGGGUGGCAUUCUUAGAGAUGGAGAAGCUCCCCAGCUUUGUCGUCAAUGGAGGCAUCAAGCUUCCCAUUGGGUACAGGUUUUGUCCCACCGAUGAAGAGCUUGUCAUUCACUACCUCAAGAGGAAGGCCUUCUCUCACCCCUUACCCGCUUCCGUCAUUCCUGACUUCCACGUCUUUUCCGCCCACCCUUCCCGCCUUCCAGGCGUCGGUGAUCCCAAAGAAAAGAGGUAUUUUUUUAGCCAUAGAGAGGACCAUUUUCACAAGAGGCCUGUUGCUUAUGGGUACUGGAAAACCAUAGGCAAGGACAAGCAAAUUGUUGCUUCUGACAGCAACCAAGUGGUUGGUAUGAGGAAAACUCUGGUUUUCUGUGAAGCCAAGCGUCCCCGUGAGGCCCGGAUUCAGUGGGUCAUGCAUGAAUUGCGCCUUCUUCCGUCUGAAACAUCUUCCAACCCGUCAUACCAGAUGGCACCGGCAGACUGGGCUGUAUACCGCAUAUUUCAGAAGAGGAAGCUCAAGAGAACAGGAUCUAACGGUCGACUCUCUGACACGAGGAAAGUUCAGAGAUUAGAGGAUGAGAAGAUUAAGCCCAGUUUCAUAGAUUUCACAGUGUUGUAUGGGAGUGACACGGGACCUCCCCCACCUGGCUCUCCAAGUUUGAGUGAAGGCAGUGAAAUCGCUUCUAACAAGCUAGAUUAGGAGAAGAUGAGGAGCUUGCAUUAAUUAGAUUUUCUUUGUCAUGAUUAUUAUUAUUAUUGUUAUUAUUAUUAUUAUUAUUAUUAUUAUAGUCACUGAGAAGUCCUUAGAGAUUAGAGAACUCUUCGUGGGCAUUUGUUUUGAUGUAAGAGCAGCACAAACAAGUGAGUUUAUUAAUAGUACUAUGGACUAACUUGCUUUAUUAA